GAGGCGGAGGUGAUUUGCGCGGCAAAAACAUAAUUCGCGUGUAAGCAUAAAUUUUUUGUAUAAAUUGGUGUGACAAUUGGUGGAAGAGCAUCAGUUCCAACGGUUUCUUUGUACAGCAAAGAAGUCUCCUCCUUUUCAAACAGACCACAACCCAACGGAACGAAAUGAAACUCUUCGUUGUAGCCACUCUUGCGUUGGUCGCCAUUGCUUCAGCUGAUGUCAGCCAUUUGUCGAGAUCAUACCUGCCACCUAGUCAUGGCGGACACAGUCACGGACAUGGUCACGGACAUGGUCACGGACACAGCCAUGGUCCCGCACCGGCUCCAAUAACUGAAUAUUUGCCACCCUCUUCCAAUUAUGGUGGUCCAUCCUACUCUUCGGGUGGUGCUGGCGGUUCAUACUCUUCGGGUGGUGCUGGUGGUUCAUACUCUUCUGGCGGUGCUGGUGGUUCAUACUCUUCGGGUGGUGCAGGCGGCUCUUACUCCUCAGGCGGUGCUGGUGGUUCAUACUCCUCAGGAGGUGCUGGAGGUUCAUACUCUUCAGGCGGUGCUGCUGGUCCAUCCAACGAAUAUUUGCCACCUGUACAAAGCUACUCACCACCUGCUCCAGUCUACUCGGCUCCAGCUCCAGCUCCAGUAUACUCUGCCCCAGCUCCAGCUCCAGUAUACUCUGCUCCAUCACCUGCUCCAGUCUACUCUGCUCCUGCCCCAGCUCCAGUAUACUCAGCUCCCGCUCCAGCUCCAGUCUACUCUGGUCCAUCAUACUCUUCAGGCGCCAGCGGUGCUGGCAGUUACUCCAGCGGCGGUGCCAGUGGUUACUCAAGCGGAGGUGCUGGCGGUUACUCAAGCGGCGGUGCCGGUGGUUACUCAAGCGGCGGUGCUGGUGGUUACUCCAGCGGCGGUGCUGGCGGUUACUCUAGCGGCGGUGUUGGUGGUGCCGGUGGCUCUUACUAUAGCGGCGGUGCUGGCGGUUACUCCAGCGGCAGUGCUGGUGGUGCCGGUGGCUCAUACUAUAGCGGCGGUGCUGGCGGUUACUCUAGCGGCGGUGCUGGCGGUUACUCUAGCGGCGGUGCUGGCGGUUACUCUAGCGGCGGUGCCGGUGGUUACUCUAGCGGUGGUGCUGGCGGUUACUCCAGCGGCGGUGCUGGUGGUGCCGGUGGCUCUUACUAUAGCGGCGGUGCUGGCGGUUACUCUAGCGGUCGUCCUUCUGGCCCCUCAUACUCUGGCGGCAGUGCUGGCACCCAGUAUGGCUCCAACGGUGGCUACAUCUACAGAAAAAAGUAAAUCGCUUGGAACUGCGAUUCGUCGAAUCGUUUUUGUAAAUAGAAUACCUUGGCAAUAUUUUGUUUAUUGUUGAAUUGCCCUAGGUAUAUCAUCCUUAAACCAUGAAAACACUUUGUACUACCUCAUUCACCUUGAAUAGCAUAAAUAGUGUAGAUAGUUUUUGUUAUUGCAAUAAAAUAAAUUUUUGUUUUAAAAAAUUAA